UAAUUCAAUUUUAAACUAAUAUGACAAAUAUUUUUCGUUUGAGAUUAUCGAUUGUAAAGGAUUAAUAAAAAUAUUCGAUAAAAAAUUAAACUACUAGAGAGAGCGCAAAUCGCAGUGACUUCAAUCGUAUGUACAGUAUUGAUCAAUAUGUAAAGUAGUUCACGGAUGGUGAUUAUAUGUCGUAUUAGACGUUGAAACUUGUAGUGAAGAAAAAUGUAGAUAAUUUAAAAUUUGUUAUUAUUUUAUUAAAGGGAAUUCUUUCUCUCUUUCUUUCUUUUUCUCUUCCUCGUUCUUUCUCUUCGUAAUUUUUAAAUAAAAAUUCUUAAUUUUUAAAAGGUUAGAAGAGAAAGGACAAAAUAAGAAAUUAUUUGUUCCAUAAUGAUUUUUUUCAAGACUGCUUUAAUUUUUGGGGUUCUAAUACUCGUAAGUGGUGCACGAGAAUAUCAGAAGAAAGACUUAAUCGCUCUCAGGGAAGAAGUGCGAUCUAUGUUUGAUCAUGCAUACUCUAGUUAUUUAUCUUAUGCAUAUCCUUAUGACGAAUUGCGAUCACUUAGUUGCGAUGGCUUUGAUACUUGGGGUAGUUUUUCAUUAACGUUAAUUGAUGCUUUAGAUACCUUAGCUGUGAUGGGAAAUUUUUCAGAAUUUCGUCGUGUAGCUAAAAUAAUAAGUGAUAGGGAGAAUUUUGAAGCUAAUAUUAAUGUAUCUGUUUUUGAAACAAACAUAAGAGUGGUUGGCGGACUUUUGAGUGCUCAUUUAUUGUCACGCAAAGCCGGUGUAUCUUUAGAACCAGGAUGGCCUUGCAACGGUCCUUUAUUACGUCUUGCUGAAGAUAUGGCGAAAAGAUUACUUCCUGCUUUUGAUACACCAACGGGAAUGCCAUAUGGAACUGUUAAUUUGAAAUAUGGAGUUCCUGAAGGAGAAACGAGCAUUACAUGUACGGCAGGCAUAGGCACAUUUCUUCUAGAAUUUGGAACACUUUCUCGCUUAACUGGUGAUCCCCUUUACGAAGAAGUUGCUAUGAACGCUUUAAAAGCAUUAAAUCAUUAUAAAUCUAAUAUUGGAUUAGUUGGUAAUCAUAUCGAUGUUUUGACUGGCCAUUGGACUGCUCAGGAUUCUGGAAUUGGUGCAGGAGUUGAUUCAUAUUUUGAGUAUUUAGCAAAAGGCACGUUAUUGUUUCAGGACCCAUGGCUAGCUACAAUGUUUCAUGAACAUAAAGCUGCUAUUGAAAAAUACAUUCGCAGAGAAGAUUGGCAUUUAUGGGUUUCAAUGACAAAAGGUCAAGUGACUUUACCAAUGUUCCAAUCUUUAGAUGCUUAUUGGCCAGGUGUAUUAAGUCUGUUUGGAGAAAUUGAAGAUGCCAUGAAAUCCUUACAUAAUUAUCAUCGUGUUUGGAAACAAUUUGGCUUUACUCCAGAAUUUUAUAAUAUUCCUCAAAGUGAAGCUGGAACAGAUCGGGAAAGUUAUCCAUUGAGACCAGAACUUAUAGAAUCUGUGAUGUAUUUAUAUAGAGCAACUGGAGACCCAUAUCUAAUUCAAGUAGGAGUUGAUAUGCUCAGAAGUUUACAACAUAGUGCCAAAACUAAAUGCGGUUAUGCAACCAUUGAUGAUGUACGCGAUCAUCGGAAAGCAGAUAGGAUGGAAUCUUUUUUUCUUGCAGAAACAACAAAAUAUCUUUAUCUUCUUUUUGAUCCAGACAAUUUUAUUCAUAACAAUGGACAACAAGGAGAUAUAAUAAAAACACAAUGGGGUCAUUGUAUCGUUGAUUCUGGAGGAUAUGUUUUUAAUACAGAAGCACAUCCCAUUGAUCCUGGUGCACUAUAUUGCUGUCGCAGAAUACAAAAUAUGUUACCAGAUAAGAUAUCAACCUCAGAUAAAUUUUUUACAAAAUACAAUUUUAAAGAAGAAUAUGAUACAAAAGAUACAAUUCAUAAAGAUGAUAAUAUACAUAAAAAUGACACUAAUAAUUUUGUUGAAAUAGUAAAAUUAUCACAAUUGAGACAUAAACUUGUAAAUGAAGUAAAAAGUAAAAAAUAUGAAAAUGUUGAAACAUUAUUUAUACAAAAACUUCUUUCUAAAAAUGUUUCAAAAAGUGAAGAUGAAACUAAUACAAAUAAAACACUUCAUUCUGAUUCUGCAAAGAUGCAAGUUGUAGCACGACCAAAUGUAAUUUACAAAGCUGAUGAUAGUGAAACUACAGAUACUUUUGAAGCAUCUAUUAAUUCAAAUGAUCAAUAUGACCCUGCAACAGUUCAGAAUAAUACAAAACUACCUAAGAAAGCAGUUAGUAAUCAAAUUACAAGAUUUGAACCGCAAAUCAUGUUAGAAAAUAUUAGAAAAAAAAAUAUGUAUCCAACAAAUACUACAGCAAGAUUAAUGUAUCAGAUUUUGUCCUGUCAAUCACAGCAAUUUCUACAACGAAUAUCUAUUAUAGGAGAAUUCUUUUAAUACUUAUUUAAAAAAUUUUAUUUAUAUAA